CAUAUUCUGAAAAUUGAGCUUACAUUAUUUUAUAGCCGUCUUUCACUUUAAAUAUUAUCCUCUGCUUUCUGCUUUCUGCAUCCAAUUCAUUCAGAUUCAACAACAACUAUGGGUAUGGCAGAUGCAAAAGAAAGAUAUGCUGUUGUGACAGGUGCAAACAAAGGGAUAGGAUUGGAGACUGUGAAAGGGUUGGCCUCAAAUGGAAUCAAGGUGGUGCUGACAGCCAGGGAUGUGAAGAGGGGUUAUCAAGCUGUUGAGGAAUUGCAGAAAGAAUUUGGCUUUUCUGGCCUUGUGCUGUUUCACCAGCUUGAUGUCACUGACCCUGCUAGUAUUGCAUCUUUGGUUGAGUUUGUGAAGAACCGGUUUGGGAGACUUGAUAUAUUGGUGAACAAUGCAGGAAUCAAUGGAUUCAACACAGAUGGCAUGGUGCCAUCAAAAAUUAACUGGAAGGAGCUACCUCAAACUUGUGAGAUGGCUAAGAAAUGCCUAAGAACAAACUACUAUGGUGCUAAGGAAACAACUGAGGCAUUUCUUCCUCUUCUUCAGUUGUCCAAUUUACCCAUGAUUGUUAAUGUUUCAUCUGAAGCAGGACUUUUAAAGUACAUAUCAAAUGGAUGGGCAAGGAGGGUGCUUGAUGACACAGAAAAUCUGACUGAAGAGCUAAUAGAUGAGGUGCUGAGGGAGUACAUGAAAGACUUGAAAGCAGGUUGUCUAGAAAACAAAGGGUGGCCAACCUACUUGUCUGCAUAUAUGGUCUCAAAAGCAGCCAUGAAUUCAUACACAAGGCUUUUAGCCUAUAGAUACCCAAAACUGUGCAUCAAUUGUGUCUGUCCUGGUUUUGUUAAGACAGACAUUAACAAAAACACUGGCAUCUUAUCUGUUGAAAAUGGUGCUGCUAGUGUUGUCAGAUUAGCACUCUUGCCUAAUGGUUCCCCUUCUGGCCACUUCUUUACUCGACAAGAAGUGUCAAGCUUUUGAAAGCAUUUUAAGGUCAUGAUUGGAUAAUCUUUUUCAUAAAUACUUGUAAAGAAAAAGUGAAAAAAGUUUCUGCAUAAGUAAAUCAACUUAUACAUAUGAGUUGAAAGAAACUUAAUUGUUUUACUUCUCUUCUUUUGCAAAAAGCAUUGGUAAAGAAUUUAUCCAAACAGGACCUGUUGCUUACAAAUUGCAGAUGGAAUGAGAAAAAAGUUUGAUAGAAGAUGUUAUGUGGCUUGGAUUGGAUGAAAGUUUUACCCUUAGUCUUCUUUGUGACAUAAUAUCAUGUGGGGAAAUGCAUCUGAGUUACUUGGUUCUUUUAUCUUCUCACAUUGUUGGCUCUUCAAAUGGUCAAAGUUCAAGUUGCAGUGAUUUUUGGACUGUAUCAUAUGGCAGGACAUGAAACUUUCGGCCGAGGAAAUUAUCAACAAUGAAUCAUUAUUAUGUCUGUCCCUGUCAUCUUAGGUGUGAAUCACAGUGCUCUUGGACUUCAAACUUUCAACACACGUGCAAUGCUAAAGCACUGCUGAUAGCAAAGCAGCAAUAAUGGAUGUCGAGAUUUCAGAAAAAGACGACUAUUGUAACACGACAUACCAUCAUUCGUGUCCAUCUUCUGUAACAUAAUAUUAUUAUCUGUAAUAUAUCAGUGGAUCUUAUCAAACGUUAAUCCAUGCUCAAAUCAGAAUUUACAAAUUUAA